AUGGCAAUACGCGGCUCAGAUCGCGGCGAUGUGCCGCCGCCAUUGCCGCCGCCCCGGCUGGUGCCCAUCAACGGUCCCGUCGAUCCGAUGCUGCAGUACAAGGAGAGCCUGCGCCGGGACGACUAUGGGAGCCCUGAGAGCGAUUCGUUUGGGCAUAGCUUCCGCCGACGAGACUUGUCUUUCCGGAGCGACCUCUCUGAUGAUGGCUAUCACAGCCUCGACAGCAUCAGGUCCUCCGGGUUUCCCCCUUCGCCCUACGGCCAGCACCCGUUGAAAGGCUUUGGGCCACGGCCCCAUGGCGACUCAAUAGACAGCUCAAUGCUCGACAAGCUAAACCGGUGCGGUAGGCGAUCGGGCCUCAGCGCGUCGGUCAACGACCUGCCAGGCCCUCGCCCGCACCACGCGCAAGUGACGACGCUCUCGCUCCCGCACCGCACGAGACAGCCCUUCCAUCUCGACACGUCCUUCACAAAGUCACCCGGCGCCGGCGGCUUCUCGGCCACGUCUCCGAUAUACGGGCCUUUCGGCCGCGGCGCACGGGGAUCCUUGGGUGCCGACAGCAGCGACUUCGAACGCUCGCCCCUACCGCGAACGCAGAUGCUGCCGGGCUCGAUCCCAGAAGACAGCACGCCGUCGUCCUACGGCGGGCAUGACGUGCGCGAUGAAGAGGUGGACUUCCCCAUGGACGAGACCACGCGUAUGCGCAGCCUUGCCAUCGAAGAUCAAGAGCGAGAACGAGAACGAGAGCGAGAACGAGAAAGAGAGUUGCGGGAAAGAGACUGCUACCAGCCCGGCCAGAAACGCCGGGCAUCGUCGCCGCCCAGCGAUGAUGCGGCCCUCGCCAACGAGAUGCCGCGGAGGCGAGACCACGGUCUCAUGGGCCGGGGCUCGCCCGCACCGAGGUUGCUCGUGAUACCGCAAAACUCGGUGUCGAGCGUGUCCUCUGCGGUGAGCCGGAGUGGUAGCUUCGCCAGCAAUCUUACGGCCAGCAGCAUGACAAGUAUCGGUUCCUUUGGACGCCGCUCGCCCAACGGUCUGUCGCCCGGCGGCCUGUCGCCGACGGAUGCGCUGAGUUCGAGCAGCCCUUAUGCCCCGCCGUCCAGCAUAGCGACGACCUCGCCCCGCGCGUCGCUGGGGCGUAGCACCGCCGGUAUAGCCCCGUCACCGCAUCAGUUGACACCAAGUGAGCAGAUGCUUCCAGCACAGGUUACGCGCACGGUGGUCUCGCCCCGGAAGCGCGCCGAAAUCUCCAAGAGCCACGGCAGCCUGGCGUCUAAACUCAAGGGGCCUUACAUGUGCGAAUGCUGUCCCAAGAAGCCCAAGAAAUUCGAGACGGAAGAAGAGCUCAGAGCACACGAGUCCGAGAAGCAGUACGAGUGCACGUUCUGCGGCAACCGCUUCAAGAACAAGAACGAGGCCGAGCGGCACCAGAACUCGCUGCACGUCCGCCGGCACAGCUGGUCCUGCUCGGCGCUGCGGAGCUACGAGAGCGCCUUCCACGACAGCGCGAUCCGACCCGGCGAGGCGGACGUGUGCGGUUACUGCGGCGAGGAGUUCCCCCGGACCGGGUGCCAGGACGCGGGCGCGGCCUGCGUGAGCGACCAGGACUGGGAGGAGCGCGUCCGGCACCUGCAGGAUCAGCACAAGUUCCGCGAGUGCAACUCGGCCAAGAAGUUCUACCGCGCCGACCACUUCCGCCAGCACCUCAAGCACAGCCAUGCCGGCACCAGCGGGAAAUGGACCAACAUGCUGGAGAAUGCCUGCAUGGUUGAGGAAGAGCCCCCCACAUCAUCAGCUGCGACGAGAUGA